CCUACAAUUAGAGAAACAUGAACUGGAUUCACCCUUCGAUUUUGGCUAUUUUCUUUGUGGGUGUAAACUCUACAUUUACAGAUUGUGGCGGCAAUUUGACAGCCCCAGCUGGGGACUUCAUGUCACCUAACUAUCCGAACUCAUAUCUGGAAAACACCGACUGCUCGUGGCUGAUUACAGCAGCUGAAAACCAAGUCAUAGAUGUUAGAUUUAAACACUUGGACAUAGUCGUAUGGUAUGGCUGGUACGUCGAGGGCUGUACGGACACUAUUGCAUUUUACGACGGUCCUAACGAACAAGCCCCACUUCUGACCGACAAUCUCUGCGGCCUGCAUGGAAACAAAGACAUUAAAAUACGUUCCUCCCGCAAUCAGCUCUUCGUUGUCUUCAAGUCACAGAACUCUGGCUCCAAGUCUGGAUUUUUGGCCAAUUAUUGGGCUCACGAGUGCCUUCCCUUCUCAUACGGACUAGAGUUCUGCAACGCCACUUGUAAAUGUAACCAAAGCAACACGGACUACUGCGUGAGUCUGACAGGGGAGUGUAGGUGCAACUCGAACUGGACGUCUUCUGACUGCAACCAGAUUGCUGACCGCUGCCUCAACCAGUUGGCGUGCGGUUCAGACAAGGUAUGUGUCAACUAUUUGGGAGGCUUCAGUUGUGUUUGCAGACCUGGCUACGUGUUGAGCGAACACGGACAAUGUGAAGAUCAUUGCUUGGAUCCUAAUAUCUGUUCUGAUCCUUACGGGGUCUGCGUCACAGUCUUACAGGGAGUAGAGUGCAAUUGUAAAGAGGGUCUCAUUCAAGGCAGUGAUGGUGAAUGUCAAGAUCCAGGGCGCUGUGUGAAUACAACUUGCUCCCACUUUUGUGGCGUGACAACGGAGAGCCCGUACAAGGAGCAGUGCUAUUGUCCAAAGGGGAUGAAACUCGAUCCUAUGAAUGAUACCCAGUGUAUUGAAUGCAGCACGUGGUCGUAUGGAGAAGAGUGCAGAUACCAGUGCCCCUGUCACCUGGAUAACACCCUGACCUGUGACAUGGCCAACGGGACAUGCACGUGCCGCCCUGGCUGGACAUCUGCAACAUGUACCCAGGACGUCGAUGAAUGCGUCUCUCAGAACCUGACGUGCGUGCCAGCGAGGGAUAACUCUGUAUGCUACAACACACCGGGCUCCUUCGAUUGUCUGUGCUUACCAGGCUAUGAAGUGGUCAACAGGACAUAUUGUGAUGACUGUGGUAAAACGCUCACAGGCCCAUCUGGUGUGUUGGUAUCGCGUUCUCACGCUGAAGUCCUACAAGAUUCAACGUUCUCUGAGUGUAACUGGACAAUUGUUGCACCUGUCGGCCAGUUGGUCACUCUCAGCUUUGUACGAUAUGACUUCACGCCUACGGUUUAUGGCUGCCGUGAUUAUGGCUACCUGGAUGUCUACGAUGGCAGAGACACUAAUUCAACUUUAAUGUUCAGAGCGGCCAGAGACUAUUUUUAUUUAUGGCCAUGGUACAAUGUACCAGCUUUUCUGAGAACAAAGGGAAACGCCAUGUUCCUGAUUAGGUACCCUGCGUCCUGCUCUGGACGGUACGGGUUCCGGUCAUAUGGAUUAGACGCUUAUUACUGGACACACGAAUGUCGUUCUAACAUGUAUGAUGCGACAUGUUCCACUCCAUGUCAGUGUCACCCAAACAACACAGCCACCUGCGACUAUUUCAAUGGUCGCUGCACGUGUAAUCUAGGAUGGACGGGAUACGACUGCUCUAUUGAUAUUGACGAGUGUGCCCAGGACCCUUUCCGAUGCCCUAACUACUCCCUGUGCGUCAAUCUGCCAGGGGCGUACGAGUGUCAGUGUAAGGAUGGGCUCACUCUGAAUUCUAGUCAACUUUGCUCCUUUGACGUCAAUUCGAGCGCCUGUACUUGGAAGAAUUGCUCGCACAUCUGUGUUCGCUUCACUCCGCGAGACCAAAACUCUUCUGUAGAACUGUGUUAUUGUCCAAUCGGAUUGGAAUUGGACGCUGAUCAGUGUGUUGCUUGUAAAAAUUGGAAAUUCGGUCCAGAUUGUCUGUUGAGCAGUGAGACUCACUGCGUCGAUCAGAACACCCUUCACCAUGACUCUGUGGCCGACUCAUUCUGCGUCUGCUACUCGAACUGGACCGGAAGAUUUUGCGAGACCGAUGUUAACGAAUGCGCCACCGGUCAGUUCACGUGUCCACCCCACGCUGUUUGCGUCAAUACUGUGGGAGGAUAUCAAUGCGCAUGUGAUGAGCGAAAUGGAUUCGUUCAGAGGAGUGACAACGUGACCUGUGAACAAAUAGACUGCAACUAUUUAUUCACAAAUGAUUCCGGAGUUGUCAUGAAUUAUUUUCAUUCCAAGAGUUUUAUUAACAACAACGCCAACUGCUCUUGGUUGAUCACAGCCAGAAAAGAUUAUAUAAUUACAUUAAGAUUCACUUCAUUUCAAAUUCACUGGAACUGUCAAAGUAAUUACCUGGAAGUGUAUGAUGGGGUCAGUGAGUUCAGUCCACGUUUUGGUCAAUACUGCGGCACCAACAUACCGGACGUGGUACGUUCCAGUGGUAACCAAAUGCUUAUAAAGUUUAUCUCUGGCGACAUUUACAGCGAUGGUUCGUUUUAUGGUGUAUACCAAGCACAUGAAUGUCUAGACUUUACAUAUGGAAAAGAAACAUGUGAUAAAAACUGUUCCUGCGUGAAAGAAAACACUCAAUUCUGUGACAACAUUAAUGGAGAAUGUAUCUGCAAGCCGGGCUGGACGUCAGGGGACUGUUCUGUUGACAUGAAUGAAUGCCCCAACUCAACAUUGUGUCCGCCAAACUCGGACUGUAUUAAAACAAUUGGCAGUUAUAAAUGUGUUUGCCACCAGGGAUACACCUUUAAUAUCACCUCAGGGCAAUGUCAGGGCAAGAUAGAAACAACAACAGUAAAAAUGUGUGAUCUGAAGCAGAGUUUAGAUCCCUGUAAAAUAUCAGAGCAAUGUUUAACACAAGACAACAUAGCUAUUUGCAAGUCUUUAAACUCAAGAGCAGAUAUGUUACAUACUCAUGUGAUUAGUGUUCUUCUCUUUUAUGGUAUCAUAUGCCUCCAUAUCAUGGAUUUGCUGGCACCAACUUGGUACUAUUGGACCAAGUUCAUAUUAAAACAUUUGUAGAGCUACUGAAAGACCUCAAGUCCUGUAUGGUGCUAUCAGUAGAAAACUAGUUUUGAAGCUUUUGACUGGUAUUAGUCAAGAACAAGAACUCUAAAUAUAGAAAACAGAACAUGACUGAAUGAAUAGACAAAUAUGACCUUUUAUGUUGAUUUAUCUGUUGUUAUGUAUGUAAUUUUAAAGUCACAAUCUCUUAUAUUAUUUUUUUCUUAUAUUUUUAUUUGGUAUUGUUAUAAUUGUCCUACAUAAAUUUUUUAAAAAUUGAUAUCAAAAGGCAAUGCAAAUUUGUUUAUUUUCUAAUGGUGUAUCAAUCAUGUUACAUGUAUGCAAUCUAAAUAAGACUUUACACCAUGUAGUUAAUCACUUAGAUAUGCAUAUCAUGUGUAUCUAAAACUGUUUUUUAUUUUUAAAAAAAACAUGUUUUUUAUCUGUUAGUAUAUUUCUAAUACACUUACCAUUGAGUGUAACUUUUGUCUGCUCAUGCCUUCUCAGGAAAUUUUUUUUUUUACUUUUUAAAACAUUUAGUUUUGCAAUGCUUAAUUUGUAUUUAUAAUCCUGAAGCAUUGGACAUUGUAAUCAUAAAUCAUGUUUAAGAAUUAUUUUUUUUUUAGUCAAAGUAUACGAUAAUAGAAUGAUACAGAAGGGGAAUUGAGAUAAAUUAGGUUAUAAAAUUUGGAGAAAAAUAGGAAUUAAACAUAUUAUAUGUCUAUUUCACAUGCAGCCACAAAACACAUAUUUUCUAUGCAUUUGAAAUAUUUACAUUAUUGUUCAAAAAUUGGAUGAUCAUUUGAUAUAAUACACUUAAGUUUAGAUUCUGGACUUCUAUCCUUAUCCUGUCACCUUAAGACAUAAAAAUCUCAUUUCUUUUUGAAGAAACAUCACAAACUCAUAAAACAGAUAAUAGUUUUCCAUUUUUUACAAAGCAUAUAUCAAGUCUGUCUGUCUGGUAAAAAGUAUGUAACCAUAAUUUCUUUCUAGAAAGAAAUAAUUGUAAAUAACUAUAAAACAUACGACUACUAAGAAAACUGUCCUCGUUUAAUGUUAGCGAAAAGGCCUUGGCUAUGUUUUAUCACGCUCACAUCUGCAAUAUUUUAAGUUUCAAUAUCACUGCCUGGUAUGGCAAUCUGAGCAUUAAAAAUAGGAAUAAACUUUAUAGAAUCCUAAAUGCUGCUGGCAAAAUCAUUGGCAAAAAACAAACCCCAUUUGGUCAGUUGUUUGAGACAAACAUCUAUAAAAAAGCUAACAAGAUCCUCGAAAUAAAGAAUCAUCCUUUGUGUCAGGAUUUUGUGAUUUUACCAUCACAAAAGAGAUACAAGACACUGAUAGCAAAGACAAACAGACACAAACACUCUUUUGUUCCCCUGGCAAUCAAAUCAUUAAAUAAGAACAAUCUGGUAUAAACUUUGUCACAUGUAAAUUAUGAGUGCGUCUGGUGUGAAUGUACACUUUGGUUUCUUAUAGUUAUAAUGUUUUUUGUUUGGUGUAAUGCACAAAUUGUAAGACAAAUUUCCUUACGGAUAAUAAAGAUUAUUAUUAUUAUUAUUAUUAUUAUUACAUACAUUUCAAAAGCUAUCUCCUAGAUACCCCAGUCUUUCUUCCCCUGAACUUUUUCAGACAAGUGAUAGGAUCAUAGUGUACCAGUAUUGAGAAAGCUAAAAGUAUGAAAUUGUACCAAAAAAAAAAACAAUUUGUAAAAAUAUUUCUAAUUGCAUAGAUUAUUAAAAAUUUAAUUCCAUGACUGAUCCAAACUAAUUGAUACAACUACACUUAGUAUAAGCUUUGUUUUUUAAAAGUAUUUUUUUGUAUUUCGCUUGUUUAUUCCCAUAAAAUUCAAAUAUUGGGUGGUUGUGUUUCUGUACAAGUAUGAAGCAGAAAACUUGGGAAUAUGUGCUGAGAGAAAUUUUUGUAUUUAAUUAUAUAAUCUAAUGCAUGUGGAAGCCAUAUUUUUAUUUAUAUAUUGUAUUAAUAGCACUUUUUAAUUGAUUAAGAUUGUUUAAAUUAUUUUUUUUUACAUUUAUAUUCUUGAAAAAAAGUUUCUCUUUAUUCUUGAUCAAAUAUUUGUACAGACCUUUAUUAUUUUGGAAAAUAAAAUUUGACCAUUAUGACUAUGACAGAAAAGUUUUAGGACACUUGCUGUUGAGCUCUUUCAUGGUGCCUGGUAGUGUGAUAUGUGCUUUGGACAUUCAUCUCACUGGUCCAUGGUUUGAA